GUUCAAAGAUUAUUCUUGGAAUGUGUUUUAGGUUUACAGGUUUGAUAAUUAUAUUAUAGAAUUUGUAUACUCUCUUUGGUGUUGUAAGUCUAUGGUAUUUUGUUGAUUGUGUAAAAGAAUGUCACUAAAACCUAAACGAGUUGAUUUUACUCAAACAUGGGAAGCAUUGCAAGAGACUGUAAAAUGUGUAAUAACAUUAUCAUAUGUUCCACGUGCAACAUGGUAUGAUAGAUUCAGUGAUGUAUAUUCAUUAUGUGUGGCAUAUCCAGAACCACUUGCCGAUCAGUUGUAUUAUGAAACAAAAAGCUUUCUAGACAAUCAUGUCUUCCAAUUGUUAGCAAAAGUUCGUGCCCAAGGAGAAUCUAAUUUACUACAGGCAUAUCAUCAAGCUUGGACAGAAUAUUCACAGGGCAUUAAGUACUUACAUUGCUUAUAUUUAUAUUUGAAUCAACAGCACAUUCAAAAACAAAAGAUUUCGGAGGCAGAACUGAUUUAUGGCAUGUCUUCCGCUGCAGUCGUUAAUUAUCAAGAACAAAUGGAAAUAGGAGAAUUAGGUUUAGAUAUUUGGAAAACAAAAAUGAUCAUACCAUUAAAAGAACAGCUUGUUCCUCUGUUAUUAGAAAAUAUUCAUGCAGAGAGAGUUGGUACAUCUUGUAGAGCAAGUACAGAAGUUACUCGUGGUGUGAUACAAAGUUUUGUUGAAGUUGAGGACUAUAAAAUGAAUGGACAAUUAGAUAUGUACCAAGAAAUUUUUGAGACACCUUUCCUUGAGGCUAGUGGAGAAUUUUAUACGAGGGAAGCAGCUGAAUUACUUCAACAGUCGGAUGUAACAAAUUAUAUGAAAACAGUUAUAUGGCGAUUAGUUCAAGAGGAAAUUCGUGCUUACAAGUAUCUUCAUACAAGCUCUGUGGCUAAAGUGAGACGCCGUUGUGAAGGAAAAAUGAUCGCUGCGCACAUAGCGUGGCUUCACUCGGAAGGAAAAAAUAUGAUAGAUAACGAACGCAAAGGAGACUUGAGCCUCCUUUAUUCAUUGCUAAAGCCAUUACCUUCAGGUUUAACCGCUCUUGUAGAAAAGUUUACUCAACACGUCACUCAACAAGGAUUACAAGCAAUUGGUUCUUUACAAGGAGAAAAUAUUCAUACACAAUUUGUCGAAACCAUGAUGGAUGUGCAUCGAAAAUAUUCGGAAUUGAUUGACAAUGUGUUUAGAAGCGAUCAAGCUUUCGUAACUGCUCUCGGUAAAGCUUGUUCAGUUGUUGUUAAUCAUAGGCCUGUUCCACGCCAACCAGCUAGAGCGCCUGAAUUACUUGCUAAGUAUUGCGAUUCCUUAUUAAAAAAAUCUGCCAAGGCCGCAUCGGAAGGAGAAGUAGAAGAAAAACUAGUACAUUGUAUUACCGUAUUUAAAUACGUUGAUGACAAAGAUGUUUUUCAAAAAUUUUACGCACGAAUGUUGGCAAAGAGAUUAAUACACCAACAAUCGCAAUCAAUGGAUGCUGAAGAAUCUAUGAUCGAUCGUUUAAAACAAGCAUGUGGUUACGAAUUUACGAAUAAGUUACAUAGGAUGUUUACCGAUAUGUCAGUUUCAGCAGAUUUGAAUGCUAAGUUUACAACGAGCUUACGGAAAGGGGACAGAGAAAAUCAAUUAGGUAUUGGCUUUGUAGUUUAUGUUUUACAAGCCGGAGCCUGGCCAUUAGGUUUACCGCCAUCUUCAGGAUCAUUUGAUAUUCCGCAACAAUUAGAAAAAUCUAUACAAGCGUUUGAAACUUUCUAUCAUGCGCAAUUUAACGGGCGAAAACUCACUUGGCUACAUCACCUUUGCCAGGGAGAGCUCAAGUUUAAUUACUUAAAGAAACCUUAUUUGGUUACUGUACAAACGUACCAAAUGGCAUUGUUGCUUCUUUUUGAGCAUUGUGAUUCUAUACAAUGCAAAGAAGCUGCCGCAUCAUUACGCUUAUCACACGAUCAAUUAGUUAAACAUGCAACCAGUUUGGUUGACAGUAAAAUUUUAAAAAAAUCAACAGAAGGAGACUUGGAGGAAGAUACAGUUUUGAUGCUCAAUUUCGAAUACUAUAAUAAAAGAACAAAAUUUCGUAUAACUGGUGCAUUGCAACGAGAUGUACCACACGAGUGUCACGAUGUUGAAACUACACAUCGUAGUGUCGAUGACGACAGAAAAUUGUACCUGCAAGCAGCUAUAGUUCGUAUUAUGAAGAGUCGUAAGGUUUUAAGACAUAAUCAACUCGUACAAGAGGUACUAAGUCAAUCUAAGGUUACAUUUGCACCAUCAAUCAGCAUGAUCAAAAAAUGUAUCGAAGCUCUUAUAGAUAAGCAGUACAUCGAACGUACGCCAAACAAUGCAGAUGAGUAUUCGUACGUCGCAUGAUUUUAUUAUACCACCUGACACAAUCAUUAACUUAUUUCAUUCAGGAUGCUUUGGGAUCGUUCAUAAUAGAUUAGUUUUUGUUAAUAUUUUAACAAGACGAUUAAUUAUUCAAAAUUUCACAUGACCGAAUACAUCUUGGUAGACAGAAACAAUGCUCUUAUCAAUGAUAAUUGAAUCUCACAUUUGAAAGAUCAAAGAAAGCAUCCUGAAUUGCUUACUUGCUCCUAAAUCAACCGAUUAAUAACUUAGUUGAUUCAAUGACUUGUAAUAUAUGUGCACGGAAUAAAG